AACACACAGACAGUUUGCUCCCCUGUCUUUUGUCCUUCGCCAGUCGCCGUAGUCCGGUCCUUUAUAAACGACAUCGCGUCAGUCUGCGUUGCUGAAGGUCGUGAACUACUCGGAAGGCAAUGUCACUCCCAAUGCCAGCAAUGAGAGGCCUCCUGGCCAAGCGUUUGAGGUUUCAUUUGCCCAUUGCAUUCGGUCUUUCACUGCUUGCUGCAGCCGCCUUCAAGUACACUGUAACGGAGCCCCGGAAACAGGCCUAUGCUGACUACUACAAACAGUAUGAUGCCAUGAAGGAGUUCAAUGCCAUGAGGGAAGCUGGUAUCUUUCAAAGUGUCAGGCCCUCAGGAGAAUAAAGUGAUUUGUAAAGCCCUAUAAAUGUUUUGUUUCCCCCUGCAUUCCUGGUCUUCAACUGCGUAAUGUUAUAAGAAUAACGGAUAUGAAUAUUUGAUGUCUGAUGUUCUCCUGAAUAUUCAAAUAAACUAUUGACCACUUCAAUCACAAUAGUG